CGUCACAGUGACCCCGCGCCAGGCCACAGCAGAGGGGCUUCCGGAGACAUCGCGAGAUUGCCCAGAAACCGCGGCCGGGGCAAAAGCGUCUGGUCACCAGGCAACCACACCAGGGCUGCUGAGGAACCUGGCGCCUAAGAAAUUUUACAGACUUGACUUCCAGACUCGGCUCGUCCCGCAAGUGGUGAGAAAGUUGGGCAUAAAACAAUACCUAAACCUGCUUUUGAGAUGAUAUCAGAACCGAGCUACUGCUGAGAGUUUGAUUCAGGAAGAAAUCAUGGUUCGACUAACCUUGGAUCUAAUAGCCAAAAAUAGCAAUCUUAAACCCCGAAAAGAAGAAACCACCUCACGCUACCUGAAGAAAAUAACUCAUAUAAAUUUUUCAGACAAAAAUAUAGAUGCGAUUGAAGACCUCUCUCCUUGCAAAAAUCUUAGUGUUUUAUAUUUGUAUGAUAACCGUAUUAGUCAAAUGACUAACUUGAAUUACGCUACAAACCUGACUCACUUAUACCUACAAAACAAUUGUCUUUCAUGUAUAGAGAACCUCAGGUCAUUAAAGAAACUGGAAAAACUGUAUCUGGGAGGCAAUUACAUUGCUGUCAUAGAAGGUUUAGAAGGAUUAGAAGGACUAAGAGAACUUCAUGUUGAGAGUCAGAGGCUUCCCCUUGGAGAAAAGCUUCUGUUUGAUCCACGAACUCUUCAUUCUCUGGCAAAAUCCCUCUCUAUAUUGAAUAUCAGCAAUAAUAAUAUUGAUGACAUAAGAGACUUAGAAAUACUGGAGAAUCUUAAUCAGCUCAUAGCAGUUGACAACCAACUUCUGCAUGUGAAGGAUCUGGAAUUUUUACUGAACAAGUUGAUGAAGCUGUGGAGAAUGGAUCUAAAUGGAAAUCCUGUUUGUCUCAAACCUAAAUACAGAGACAGACUGAUACUGGUGUCCAAAUCACUGGAAUUUCUCGAUGGCAAAGAAAUUAAAAAUAUGGAAAGACAAUUCCUAAUAAAUUGGAAAGCAUCCAAAGAUGCCAAGAAAAUCAGCAAGAAAAGGAACAGUAAAACAAAGGAUGCAAGUAACUCAUACUAAGAAUCUCUCUUUGAAGGAAUCUGAAAGCUUGCAGAGAAAAAAGUGACAUACCCGAACUUCACCUUCUUCGUAACUCAAAAAUGAAAGGAAAAAAAAAGUAAAUUCAGCCUUAAGUGAUCUGAAACGUUUGUGUUUGUGUGUGUGUGUGUGUGUGUGUUUUAACUUUUAUACUACUAGGCAAUAUUAUCUUUUGUAGUUUGUAGCUCUAGGGUACUUCACUAUAUAAAAAGCCUUUAAGCGGUUUGAUUUGCUUCUUUAUGGCAUCUGAAGCAUUGCUUUUCAAUUGCUUUAUUCCUCAUUACAAUUUACUGAGAAAAUAAAGAUGUGCUUCCUCAUUCA